AUGCAGAGAGCUUUUGCAUCGCGGGCGCGGACUUCGGUCCUCAACUCUAGCUCCAAGCUUCGGUCUACUACGCUCAAUCUUCAGCAGCAGCGGUUUGCACACAAGGAACUCAAGUUCGGCGUCGAGGCGCGGGCUUCGCUGUUGAAGGGUGUCGACACACUCGCAAAGGCAGUAUCAACAACACUGGGUCCCAAGGGUCGCAAUGUCUUGAUUGAGUCUAGCUACGGCUCUCCCAAGAUCACCAAGGGUACUUGCAUCCUUACAAAUUACUUCCAUUGCCCCGAGCUUUCCGCUGACAUAUUCGCAGACGGUGUAACAGUCGCAAAGGCCAUUACCCUCCAAGACAAGUUCGAGAACCUUGGUGCGCGCCUCCUCCAAGAUGUCGCCUCCAAGACCAAUGAGGCUGCUGGUGACGGUACCACCACUGCCACUGUCCUUGCCCGCGCCAUCUUCUCUGAGACAGUCAAGAAUGUUGCUGCUGGCUGCAACCCCAUGGAUCUGAGGCGGGGAACACAGGCGGCUGUCGAGGCUGUUGUCGACUACCUGAGGGCCAACAAGAGGGACAUCACCACGAGCGAGGAAAUUGCACAGGUCGCCACUAUUUCCGCCAACGGCGACACUCACAUUGGCAAGCUUCUCUCCAACGCCAUGGAGAAGGUUGGCAAGGAGGGAGUCAUCACUGUCAAGGAGGGCAAGACCACCGAGGAUGAGCUUGAGGUCACUGAAGGAAUGAAAUUCGACCGUGGCUACAUCUCGCCUUACUUCAUCACCGACACUAAGACCGCCAAGGUUGAAUUCGAGAAGCCAUUGAUCCUCCUCUCCGAAAAGAAGAUCUCUGCCGUCCAGGAUAUUGUACCCGCUCUCGAGGCCUCGCAACAACUCCGCCGUCCCCUUGUCAUCAUUGCUGAGGACAUUGAUGGUGAGGCUCUUGCCGUUUGCAUUCUCAACAAGCUCCGUGGUCAACUCCAGGUUGCCGCUGUCAAGGCUCCCGGAUUUGGUGACAACAGGAAGUCUAUUCUCGGUGACCUGGCAGUCCUGACCAACGGUACCGUCUUCAGCGAUGACUUGGACAUCAAGCUCGAGAAGGCGACACCCGAUAUGCUGGGUUCUACUGGAUCCAUUACCAUCACCAAAGAAGACACCGUCAUCCUCAACGGUGAAGGUAGCAAGGACCAGGUUUCUCAGCGCUGCGAACAAAUUCGUGGAGUCAUCAACGACCCCACCACCUCCGAGUAUGAGAAGGAGAAGCUCCAGGAGCGUCUUGCUAAGCUCUCUGGCGGUGUCGCCGUUAUCAAGGUCGGUGGCUCCUCUGAGGUCGAGGUCGGCGAGAAGAAGGAUCGCAUCGUUGAUGCUUUGAACGCAACCCGCGCCGCCGUCGAAGAGGGAAUCCUGCCCGGCGGUGGAACCGGUCUUUUGAAGGCCUCUGCCAACGCCUUGGGCUCCGUCAAGGCUGCCAACUUUGACCAACAGCUCGGUAUCACCAUUGUCAAGAACGCCAUUACCCACCCUGCUCGCAAGAUUGUCGAGAAUGCUGGUGCCGAAGGCUCUGUCAUUGUCGGUAAACUCAUCGAUGAAUACAAGGGUGACUUCAACAAGGGUUUCAACAGCGCAAAGGGCGAGUACGUUGACAUGAUUGCGGCUGGUAUCCUCGACCCCUUCAAGGUUGUCCGCACUGCCCUUGUCGAUGCCAGCGGUGUUGCCUCACUUCUUGGAACUACCGAGGUUGCCAUUGUUGACGCUCCUGAGGAGAAGUCUGGUCCUCCAGCCGGUAUGGGCGGUAUGGGAGGAGGAAUGGGAGGAAUGGGUGGCAUGGGCUUCUAA